AAAAUAGAGCUAAUAAUCUUAUACGUACGUACGGUCCAACAAACAAUGGCGGGUAAUUAUUUCUUCACACUAGGAGGAGGAAGAGGAGGAGAAUCUCAUGAAUUACAAACCGGGCAAAACGAACCGGAAAGAAUAUUCCCUGGCAGAGAUGAAGAAGAUAUGAUCUCCUCCUACACUAUAACUAGAGGUCUUGAGUUAUGGCGGCGCCACCACCAUGAUCAAUUACCACCGCAACAAGAUCUCUUCAUGAUGCUCCCUGGAGGCGGCGGCGGAGGAGGAGGUAUAAGCAGUUGUCAGGAUUGUGGGAAUCAGGCGAAGAAGUCUUGCACACACAUGAGGUGUAGGACGUGUUGUAAGAAUCGAGGGUUUCAGUGUCAGACCCACGUCAAGAGCACUUGGGUCCCCGCCGCUAAACGCCGCCAACGGCAGCAACAAUUGGCCGCUCAACAACAACAACACCGGUUGCAACAACAGACAACAAAUCAUCAUACAAGACAGUUGCCAUCCACAAACUUAGGUAUAUAUCUUAUUAAUUACUAA